GAGAAGGGCCCGCUGGAAGUUAAGAUGGCGGCGCGUGUGUGAGCGCGGUGCGGGACGAGCCUCCUCCCGGCGUCGCCGUAGCUUAGCCGGCUCUCCUUCGAGUCCUGCGCGUCUCCCAGCGAGCCCAGCGCUCCGCCGACGGCCGCGAGCACCCCCGGGGGAGGGCCGGAGGCCGAGCGCCCCCCUCCCCCCCGCCCCCAUUGUGUGCCCGGCCCCCGCCCGCCCGCCUCCCUCCCUCCCGCCGCCGGGGGGGGCGGCGGCGGCGGCGCCGGCGCCGACCAUGACCUCGAUCCACUUCGUGGUGCACCCGCUGCCGGGCACCGAGGAUCAGCUCAAUGACCGGUUAAGGGAAGUAUCAGAGAAGUUGAACAAAUAUAAUUUAAACAGCCACCCCCCUCUGAAUGUAUUGGAACAGGCUACUAUUAAACAGUGUGUGGUGGGACCAAAUCAUGCUGCGUUUCUUCUUGAGGAUGGUAGAGUCUGCAGGAUUGGUUUUUCAGUUCAGCCAGACAGAUUGGAAUUGGGUAAACCUGAUAAUAGCGAUGGUUCAAAGUUGAGCAGUGGCUCAGGGGCAGGAAGGACAUCCAGGCCAGGCAGGACUAGUGACUCCCCAUGGUUUCUGUCUGGUUCUGAAACUCUGGGCAGACUGGCAGGCAACACCCUUGGGAGUCGCUGGAGUUCAGGGGUUGGUGGAAGUGGAGGAGGAUCUUCUGGGAGGUCAUCUGCUGGAGCUCGAGAUUCUCGAAGGCAGACCAGAGUUAUACGCACAGGGCGAGACAGAGGAUCCGGACUGCUGGGGAGUCAACCACAACCAGUGAUUCCAGCAUCAGUCAUUCCAGAGGAACUCAUUUCACAGGCACAAGUUGUUCUACAAGGGAAGUCCAGAAGUAUUAUCAUUCGGGAACUCCAGCGAACAAAUCUUGAUGUAAAUCUUGCUGUAAAUAAUUUGUUAAGUCGUGAUGAUGAAGAUGGAGAUGAUGGGGAUGACACAGCAAGUGAAUCAUACCUUCCUGGAGAGGAUCUUAUGUCUCUUCUGGAUGCUGACAUACAUUCUGCUCACCCAAGUGUCAUUAUUGAUGCUGAUGCUAUGUUUUCAGAAGAUAUUAGUUACUUUGGUUAUCCAUCCUUUCGGCGCUCAUCACUUUCCAGGCUAGGCUCAUCCAGAGUUCUCCUUCUUCCCUUAGAGAGAGACUCUGAGCUGUUGCGUGAACGUGAGUCCGUUUUACGUUUGCGUGAACGAAGGUGGCUUGAUGGAGCCUCAUUUGAUAAUGAAAGAGGCUCUACAAGUAAGGAGGGGGAACCAAACCUGGACAAGAAGAAUGCACCUGUUCAAAGUCCUGUUUCUCUAGGAGAAGACUUACAGUGGUGGCCAGAUAAGGAUGGAACAAAGUUUAUCUCUAUUGGAGCCCUAUAUUCUGAGCUUGUGGCAGUUAACAGUAAAGGAGAACUCUAUCAAUGGAAGUGGAGUGAAUCAGAGCCUUAUAGAAAUGCACAGAAUCCUUCCCUACACCAUCCACGCGCCAUGUUCUUGGGAUUAACCAAUGAAAAGAUUGUGCUCCUUUCUGCAAAUAGUAUUAGAGCAACUGUUGCCACUGAAAAUAACAAGGUUGCUACCUGGGUGGAUGAAACUUUAAGCUCAGUAGCAUCUAAAUUAGAACAUACUGCACAGACGUACUCAGAGCUUCAGGGAGAACGGAUUGUUUCCUUACAUUGUUGUGCUCUUUAUACAUGUGCUCAGCUAGAGAAUAACUUGUACUGGUGGGGUGUAGUUCCUUUCAGCCAAAGGAAGAAAAUGCUAGAAAAGGCCAGAGCAAAAAAUAAAAAGCCUAAGUCCAGUGCUGGUAUCUCCUCCAUGCCAAAUAUAACUGUUGGAACCCAGGUGUGCUUAAGAAAUAACCCCCUAUACCAUGCUGGAGCAGUUGCUUUUUCAAUCAGCGCUGGAAUUCCAAAAGUGGGUGUGUUAAUGGAAUCUGUUUGGAACAUGAAUGACAGCUGUCGAUUUCAGCUUCGGUCACCAGAGAGCUUGAAAAAUAUGGAGAAAGCCAGCAAGACUACAGAGGCCAAGCCUGAAAGUAAGCAGGAACCAGUGAAAACUGAGAUGGGUCCUCCACCUUCCCCAGCUUCCACUUGCAGUGAUGCAUCUUCAAUAGCAAGCAGCGCAUCAAUGCCAUAUAAGCGACGACGAUCAACUCCUGCUCCAAAAGAGGAGGAGAAAGUGAAUGAGGAGCAGUGGUCUCUGAGGGAAGUUGUGUUUGUAGAAGAUGUUAAGAAUGUUCCUGUUGGCAAGGUGCUAAAAGUGGAUGGUGCUUAUGUUGCUGUCAAAUUUCCAGGCACUUCUAGUAAUACAAACUGUCAGAGCAGUUCUAAUUCAGAUCCAGAUCCUUCCUCUCUUCUCCAGGAUUGCAGGCUGCUCAGGAUAGAUGAACUACAGGUCGUAAAAACUGGGGGAACUCCGAAAGUUCCGGACUGUUUUCAAAGGACACCUAAAAAGCUGUGUAUUCCUGAAAAAACAGAGAUUCUAGCAGUAAAUGUAGAUUCAAAAGGAGUUCAUGCUGUCCUGAAAACUGGGAAUUGGGUUCGAUACUGCAUAUUUGACCUCGCUACUGGAAAGGCUGAACAGGAAAACAAUUUCCCUACUAGCAGCAUUGCAUUCCUGGGUCAGAAUGAGAGAAGUGUUGCUAUUUUUACAGCUGGACAGGAAUCUCCUAUUAUUCUUAGAGAUGGAAAUGGUACAAUCUAUCCAAUGGCAAAAGACUGUAUGGGUGGGAUACGAGACCCUGACUGGCUUGAUCUUCCACCUAUCAGUAGUCUUGGAAUGGGUGUUCAUUCCUUAACAAAUCUUCCUGCCAACUCAACCAUCAAAAAGAAAGCUGCAAUUAUUAUUAUGGCUGUUGAGAAACAAACCUUAAUGCAGCACAUUCUCCGAUGUGACUUUGAGGCUUGCAGACAAUACCUGAUGAAUCUUGAACAAGCAGUUGUCUUGGAUCAGAACCCACAAGUGCUGCAGACAUUCCUUGGCCACAGAUGUGAUGGAAACCGCAAUAUUCUGCAUGCUUGUGUGUCUGUAUGCUUUCCAACCAGCAACAAAGAAACAAAAGAGGAAGAGGGACUACCUCAUUCAGUGCACAAGAUGGACGGUGCUCACCGAAUGGAAGCUGAGCGCUCUGAAAGGAAUACGUUUGCUGAAAGGCUCUCAGCUGUGGAAGCAAUUGCAAAUGCAAUUUCAGUUGUGUCAAGUAACGGUCCAGGAAGUCGAGCAGGAUCAUCAAGUAGCAGAAGUCUGAGGUUAAGAGAAAUGAUGAGGAGAUCCUUGAGAGCUGCUGGACUGGGCAGACAGGAAGCUGGUGCUUCAUCGAGUGAUCACCAGGACCCAGUCUCUCCACCAAUAGCUCCUCCCAGCUGGGUUCCAGAUCCUCCUGCGAUAGAUACAGAUGGUGACAUUGAUUUUAUCCUGGCCCCCGCUGUGGGAUCUCUUACCACAGCAGCGACUGGCACCGGCCAAGGACCGAGCACCUCCACGAUACCAGGGCCUUCUACUGAACCAUCUGUAGUGGAAUCAAAAGAUCGGAAGGCAAAUGCCCAUUUCAUACUGAAGUUACUGUGCGAUAGCGUUGUUUUACAACCUUACCUUCGAGAACUGCUUUCAGCCAAGGAUGCAAGAGGCAUGACACCAUUCAUGUCAGCAGUCAGUGGCCGGGCAUAUCCUGCUGCAAUUACAAUUCUAGAAACUGCACAAAAAAUUGCUAAAGCUGAAGCGACUUCAAGUGAAAAAGAAGAUGAUGUGUUUAUGGGAAUGGUUUGUCCUUCUGGUACAAAUCCAGAUGACUCUCCUUUGUACGUUUUGUGUUGUAAUGAUACGUGCAGUUUUACCUGGACUGGUGCAGAGCAUAUUAACCAAGAUAUAUUUGAAUGCCGAACGUGUGGCCUGUUAGAAUCUCUUUGUUGUUGCACAGAGUGUGCAAGGGUGUGUCACAAAGGACACGACUGCAAACUGAAACGAACAUCCCCCACAGCUUACUGUGAUUGCUGGGAAAAGUGCAAGUGUAAAACGCUAAUUGCAGGACAGAAGUCUGCUCGCCUUGAUCUCCUCUACCGUCUGCUUACCACCACAAACCUUGUAACUAUGCCAAAUAGCAGGGGAGAACAUCUUCUGCUGUUUUUAGUACAGACAGUUGCCAGGCAAACUGUGGAACACUGCCAAUACAGACCACCUAGAAUUAGGGAAGAUCGCAAUCGUAAAACUGCAAAUCCUGAGGAUUCCGAUAUGCCUGAUCAUGAUUUAGAACCUCCUCGAUUUGCCCAGCUUGCUUUGGAACGUGUUUUGCAAGACUGGAAUGCACUGAAAUCUAUGAUAAUGUUUGGAUCCCAAGAAAAUAAAGACCCUCUUAGUGCAAGCAGUAGGAUAGGCCAUCUUUUGCCUGAAGAACAAGUUUACCUCAAUCAGCAAAGUGGAACUAUUCGCUUGGACUGUUUUACACACUGCCUUAUUGUUAAGUGCACAGCAGACAUUUUGCUCCUAGAUACUCUACUGGGUACUCUUGUAAAAGAAUUACAAAACAAGUAUACACCUGGACGCAGAGAAGAAGCUAUUGCUGUUACAAUGAGAUUCCUGCGCUCUGUGGCAAGGGUGUUUGUCAUUCUUAGCGUUGAAAUGGCGUCUUCCAAAAAGAAAAACAAUUUUAUCCCGCAGCCAAUUGGGAAAUGUAAACGUGUAUUCCAGGCAUUAUUGCCUUAUGCUGUUGAAGAGUUGUGCAAUGUAGCAGAAUCUCUAAUUAUUCCAGUCAGGAUGGGAAUUGCACGUCCUACAGCACCCUUCACUCUAGCUAGCACUAGUAUAGAUGCCAUGCAGGGAAGUGAAGAACUGUUUUCUGUGGAGCCUCUACCACCAAGACCUUCCUCUGACCAGUCUAGCAGUUCGAGUCAGUCUCAGUCAUCCUACAUCAUAAGGAAUCCUCAGCAAAGACGAAUCAGCCAGUCGCAGCCAGUUCGUGGCAGGGAUGAAGAACAAGAUGAUAUAGUUUCAGCAGAUGUGGAAGAGGUUGAGGUUGUUGAGGGGGUAGCUGGUGAGGAAGACCACCACGAUGAGCAGGAAGAACAUGGUGAAGAAAAUGCUGAAGCAGAAGGGCAGCAUGAUGAGCAUGAUGAAGAUGGCAGUGAUAUGGAGUUGGAUUUGCUAGCUGCUGCUGAAACAGAAAGUGACAGUGAGAGUAACCACAGUAAUCAGGACAAUGCUAGUGGGCGCAGAAGUGUUGUCACUGCAGCUACUGCUGGGUCAGAAGCAGGAGCUAGCAGUGUUCCAGCAUUUUUUUCUGAAGAUGACUCUCAAUCAAAUGAUUCUAGUGACUCGGAUAGCAGCAGCAGUCAGAGUGAUGACAUGGAACAGGAGACCUUCAUGCUUGAUGAACCUCUGGAGCGAACCACAAAUAGCUCACAUGCCACUGGUGCUGCCCAAGCACCCCGUUCGAUGCAGUGGGCUGUACGUAAUACCCAGAACCAGAGAACUACUAGCACUGCUCCUUCUAGCACAUCUACCCCAGCAGCAAGUUCAGCAGGCUUGAUUUACAUUGAUCCAUCAAACCUACGCCGGAGCGGUACCAUCAGUACGAGCGCUGCAGCAGCAGCUGCAGCACUUGAAGCCAGCAAUGCAAGCAGCUAUUUAACAUCUGCCAGCAGUUUAGCACGAGCCUACAGUAUAGUGAUACGGCAGAUAUCUGACCUAAUGGGUCUCAUUCCCAAGUACAAUCAUUUAGUGUACUCCCAGAUCCCAGCUGCAGUGAAGCUGACUUAUCAAGAUGCAGUUAACUUGCAGAAUUAUGUAGAAGAAAAGCUUAUUCCUACUUGGAAUUGGAUGGUUAGUAUAAUGGACUCCACAGAAGCUCAGCUGCGUUAUGGUUCUGCAUUAGCAUCCGCUGGUGAUCCUGGGCAUCCAAAUCAUCCUCUCCAUGCUUCUCAGAACUCAGCCAGAAGGGAAAGGAUGACAGCCCGGGAGGAAGCCAGCUUAAGAACACUCGAGGGAAGAAGGCGUGCUACUUUACUCAGUGCCCGUCAGGGAAUGAUGUCAGCACGUGGUGAUUUCCUGAACUACGCGCUGUCUUUGAUGCGUUCUCACAAUGAUGAGCACUCAGAUGUUCUUCCUGUUCUUGAUGUCUGUUCACUAAAACAUGUAGCCUAUGUUUUUCAAGCGCUGAUUUAUUGGAUUAAAGCAAUGAAUCAACAGACAACAUUGGAUACUCCUCAGCUGGAACGGAAAAGAACUCGGGAGCUUUUGGAACUGGGUCUUGACAAUGAAGAUUCAGAACAUGAGAACGAUGAUGACACCAAUCAAAGUGCCGCACUUAAUGACAAAGAUGACGACUCCCUUCCAGCAGAGACUGGCCAAAACCAUCCAUUCUUCAGACGAUCAGACUCAAUGACGUUCCUUGGCUGCAUUCCACCCAAUCCUUUUGAGGUUCCUCUGGCGGAAGCCAUUCCCUUGGCAGACCAGCCCCACCUACUACAGAAUGCUUUUGUUAAUUUUCAGCCAAAUGCUCGCAAAGAAGAUCUGUUUGGUCGACCAAGCCAGGGUCUGUAUUCAUCUUCUGCCAACAGCGGGAAGUGCUUAAUGGAAGUUACAGUGGAUAGAAACUGCCUUGAGGUUCUUCCAACUAAAAUGUCUUAUGCAGCCAACUUAAAAAAUGUUAUGAGCAUGCAAAAUCGGCAGAAGAGAGAAGGGGAAGAACAAAAUGUGCCCACAGAAGAAUCUGAGAGUUCAAAGCCAGGGCCUUCAGCUCACGAUCUUGCAGCACAACUGAAAAGCAGCUUGUUGGCAGAGAUAGGACUGACAGAAAGUGAAGGGCCACCUCUCACAUCUUUCAGACCACAGUGUAGCUUCAUGGGCAUGGUUAUAUCUCAUGACAUGUUGCUGGGACGUUGGCGCCUUUCUUUAGAGUUGUUUGGUAGAGUAUUCAUGGAAGAUGUUGGAGCAGAGCCUGGAUCGAUCCUGACUGAAUUAGGUGGCUUUGAAGUGAAGGAAUCAAAGUUCCGCAGGGAGAUGGAAAAACUUAGAAACCAGCAAUCCAGGGAUUUAACACUGGAGGUUGAUCGAGACAGAGAUCUUCUAAUUCAGCAGACCAUGAGGCAGCUCAACAAUCAUUUUGGUCGCAGGUGUGCCACCACCCCAAUGGCUGUCCACAGAGUAAAAGUUACUUUUAAAGAUGAGCCAGGAGAAGGCAGUGGUGUAGCACGGAGCUUUUAUACUGCCAUUGCACAGGCUUUUCUGUCAAAUGAGAAACUGCCAAAUCUAGAUUGUAUUCAGAAUGCCAAUAAGGGUACCCAUACAAGUCUGAUGCAGAGAUUGCGAAACAGGGGGGAGAGAGAUCGGGAGAGGGAGCGUGAGAGAGAAAUGCGGAGAAGUAGUGGCUUAAGGGCUGGUUCUCGGAGAGACAGGGACAGGGACUUUAGAAGACAGCUUUCCAUUGACACAAGGCCUUUUAGACCAGCAUCAGAAGGAAAUCCUAGUGAUGAUCCUGAUCCACUUCCAGCACACAGACAAGCACUUGGAGAAAGGCUCUACCCUCGAGUGCAAGCAAUGCAGCCAGCAUUUGCAAGUAAGAUCACAGGAAUGUUGUUGGAAUUGUCCCCUGCUCAGCUGCUUCUGUUACUAGCUAGUGAAGAUUCCCUUAGAGCAAGAGUUGAUGAAGCAAUGGAACUCAUUAUUGCACAUGGCAGGGAGAAUGGUGCUGACAGUAUAUUGGAUCUUGGAUUGCUGGACUCUUCAGAUAAAGUGCAGGAGAAUAGAAAGCGACAUGGUUCCAGCCGCAGUGUCGUAGAUAUGGAAUUAGAUGAUACGGAUGAUGGGGAUGAUAAUGCACCACUUUUCUACCAGCCUGGAAAGCGAGGUUUUUAUACACCAAGACCCGGUAAAAACACAGAAGCAAGGCUGAAUUGUUUCAGAAAUAUUGGCAGAAUCUUAGGAUUGUGCCUGUUGCAGAAUGAGCUGUGUCCUAUCACGUUAAAUAGACAUGUAAUCAAAGUUCUUCUUGGCAGAAAGGUGAACUGGCAUGACUUUGCUUUUUUUGAUCCAGUUAUGUAUGAAAGCCUUCGGCAGCUUAUACUUGCUUCCCAAAGUACAGAUGCUGAUGCAGUGUUUGCAGCAAUGGAUUUAGCUUUUGCAAUAGACCUGUGCAAGGAGGAGGGUGGAGGGCAGGUUGAACUUAUUUCCAAUGGUGUAAAUAUACCAGUCACUCCUCAGAAUGUUUAUGAAUAUGUCCGGAAAUAUGCAGAACACCGAAUGUUGGUAGUAGCAGAACAGCCUCUGCAUGCAAUGAGGAAGGGUCUUCUGGAUGUACUUCCAAAGAAUUCAUUAGAAGAUUUGACAGCGGAAGAUUUCAGACUUUUGGUAAAUGGCUGUGGUGAAGUAAAUGUGCAAAUGCUAAUCAGCUUUACCUCUUUCAAUGAUGAGUCAGGAGAAAAUGCUGAGAAGCUUUUGCAGUUCAAGCGUUGGUUUUGGUCCAUAGUUGAGAAGAUGAGUAUGACAGAAAGACAAGAUCUGGUUUACUUCUGGACGUCAAGUCCAUCAUUGCCAGCCAGUGAGGAGGGAUUCCAGCCCAUGCCAUCAAUCACAAUAAGACCACCAGAUGACCAACACCUUCCUACAGCAAACACUUGCAUUUCUCGCCUUUAUGUCCCACUCUAUUCCUCUAAGCAGAUUUUGAAACAGAAGUUGUUACUCGCCAUUAAGACCAAGAAUUUUGGUUUUGUGUAGAUUAUAAAAAGUGUGUAUUGCUGUGUAAUAUUACUAGCUAAGUUUUGUAGAUUUUUCCAUUUGUCUAUAAAAGUUUAUGAAAGCUAAUGCUGUCAUACCCCUGGUGGUACUUUAAAGAUUUAAAUGCAAACAUUCCUGUACUAAAUUUGUAAUGUAAAGGCCUAAGGAGAGCUGGCAAUAUCUGAUUGCAACAGUUUGCUAGUCGAUAACUCCUUGGACUAACCCCAGCCAAAGAUGACAGCAGAACAAUAUAAUUUACACUGUGAUUUAUCUUUUUGCUGAGGGAAAAUAUGUAAAAUGUUCUGAAAAUUCACUGCUGCCUUUGUGGAAAGUGUUUCAGCAAAGGUUCUUGUAUAGAGGGAGUAGGGAAUUUCGAAAUAAAAAAUUAAGUAUGUUCUGUGGUUUAUUUUAACUUUUUUAUGGUGUUUAAUUUGUGGUUGGCUGCGGUUGUGUGCCAUGUAUAUUGAACUUGUAAAAAAAAAAAAAAAAAAAAAAGAGAAAAAAAGUUCCUGACAGCUCAGAUCCCAGAGUUGUGGUCGUUCACUUAUGAAACCACUUUCAUUGCAAUUUUUGCUCUAGCUGCAUUGAACUCUGGCACAUCAGAUGCCACCACUAAUAUUUUGCAUGUAAUCUGUACCUUCAGUGUUUUGGUUUUUUUUUUUUGUACAUAUGCUGAGGCCAAUGCACAGUAUUUCAUAGUUCACAAUCAACAUUUUGUAUCCCUGUUUCAGUGAACAGAGAGUUAGGAGAUUGUUCCACUACCAGUUCUAACCCAACACUUGUAACUACAUAAUCUAACUAUGUAAACUCAGCCUGGGCACUUUCUGGUAACUGUAAAAUGUUUAUAAGAUCAUGAUUAUCGAAGAUACUUUUUUGGAAAACCUUAAUGUUCGUGAGCAGCUUAACUUCUUUUGUAUCUAGCCUUUUUUUAAGUAUCUUGUUACAGUUUUUUAAUAAAGAAAUUACAGACAAAAUACCAAGUCA